AUUAAAAACUGUUUUCGAGGAAGAUCGAGGUAAAAAUAUCAGCAUACACAAGAAAAACGUAGGAAAAUUCCUUUGCUUGCUUGUUAAUUCAAGGAAAAUUAUUAAGGAAAAUCCGUGUUGUGACAAAUUAUUUUAUGUGUUUUUAAUUUACCUGCCACAAAUGUAUAAAACUGUGUGUAUGUUUCGAAUUUUUUGUCAUUUGUAACUUUUGACUGUCUCCAAACGAAUCGUCUUUAUUUUCGCACACACAAAUACAGCAGCCGCAUAAAAACAGCAGAAAAAAAGACAAAUCACCAGACAACCAAGAGAAAAGCGGUUUAAGAUAAAAAUUGCAAAAUAUAUAAGUCCUCAAGAAUAAAAAAGUAACACUAAUGGGUGAUUUGGAAAGUGUAAGGGUGGCUCUAAGAGUUCGCCCGCUAGUGAAUUCCGAAAAGGCGCGCGGCUGUCAAGUUGCUGUGGAGAAAAUAGAUGGUGCACAUCAAGUAUUGGUGAACAAUACCGAUGCGUUCUCCUUCAAUUUCGUAUUCGAUUGGCGUGACACUCAGGAGCAGGUGUAUAAUUUGUCAGUGUCUGAUAUGUUGGAUAAACUGUUUAGCGGUUUCAAUGCCACCAUCUUGGCUUAUGGCCAGACUGGUUCUGGCAAAACUCAUACCAUGGGUACGGCCUUUGAUGGUUCACUAGAUGAAAAUGUGGGUGUUAUACCCCGUGCUAUGCACGAUAUCUUCGAACGCAUUAAAGAAAACUCGGAGGAGUUUGAUUUUGUUAUUAAGUGUUCGUUUAUGGAACUGUAUCAGGAGCAGCUGUACGAUUUGCUGUCGGAGAAGUCGAGAGAAGAAAGUGUUAUUGAUAUGCGGGAAGAUCGCAGUGGCAUCAUUAUGGUGGGAUUAACGGAGAGGGAAGUGUUUGAUGCAAAACAAACCACCGAUUGUUUGGUAAAAGGUUCUACGGGAAGAGCUGUUGCUUCCACGGCUAUGAAUGAAAAUUCCUCUAGAUCUCAUGCCAUUUUCACGGUUACUUUGCAAGCCACAAAAAAAGAUGAAUCUCGUUCAGUUACUACUUCAAAGUUUCAUUUGGUGGAUUUGGCUGGUUCGGAACGUUCGAAAAAGACCGGUGCUACCGGUGACCGCUUUAAGGAAGGCGUUAAAAUUAAUCAAGGACUUUUGGCUUUGGGAAAUGUAAUAUCAGCUUUGGGAGAUGGCAAAGGUGCCGGUUUCGUGCGUUACCGUGACUCCAAAUUGACUCGGCUGCUGCAGGAUUCGCUGGGUGGCAAUUCCGUUACCCUUAUGAUUGCCUGUGUCUCACCGGCCGACUACAAUGUCGCUGAGACACUGAGCACUCUCCGCUAUGCCGAUCGGGCACGUAAAAUUAAAAAUAAACCAAUUGUCAAUCAAGAUCCUCAUGCAGCCGAAAUCAAUCGUCUCAAGGGCAUCAUACAAAAGCUACGCGUGGAGUUGCUAACCAAAGGUGGUACAAUGACAGCAUCUUUGACGCAUGACUUGCAAGCUGUUGGUCCCGUUGCACCCCUUAUGGCUACGUCUAUGCCCACAAUAAUGCCUUCGGAGGAACAAAAUCGUAAAUACAAAGAGUUACAAGAGAAAUACCGGAAUUUGCAGCAACAAUGGCAAAUGACACUGCACGAUGUCACGGAACAUGAGAUGAGAGCUCACAUAGCCGAGGCAGCCCAUGAGAAUCUUAAACAAAAAGCAGGAGAAAUGAAAAAUUUUGUUACUGAAUUAACAAAAAACAAAGAAUUACCUUUGGAUGAAGAGAAGCUGGCAGACACGGUCAUGCACAUUAGUAAGUUGGUAGAAGGUUUGGAUGAAGAGCUGUGCAGAGCUGAAACGGAAAUAAUGGACCAUAAACGACGUUCCUCGUUGGGUUCGUCGAUGAGCACAGCCGAAGCCGGUGAAGAUGAGGAAAAUAAUGCGAACGUGUCCGAAAUGCAUGCCAUGAUGCAAGAACGCACCGAGGCCUUUACCAGCAAACAAAUAGAAAUUAAUGAUCAAUUGCGUCGCAUCAAUCGAGAAUUAAAUCUAAAGGAACAACUGCAGCAACGUAUCACUGGCAAUUUUAGUAAAUUCUCCACUUUGGAUGACGACAUUGAAGAGAAGUUCAAGGAAUGUGAGCAAAAGAUAAACGAACUUGAAGCCGAAAAGUCCGAACUUCUCGAUAAACUACGUCAUGUAAAAGUGAAUGCGUCCGCAAAAUUGGCCGAAGAAAGACGCAAACGUUUGCAGACUUUAGAGCAAGAAAUCAGCGAUAUGAAACGUAAAAACAUCCAACAAGCCAAACUGUUAAAGAUACGUGAAAAGGAAACGCAGAAAAUUAAAAAUCUUAGCAGUGAAAUUCAAGCUAUGAAAGAGUCAAAGGUUAAGCUUGUGAGAGCUAUGCGUUCCGAGGCCGAGAGUUUCCGGCAAUUCAAAAUGAUGCGUGAAAAGGAGUUGAUGUUGUUGAAGAAUAAAGAUCGUAAAAUGCAAAAUGAAAUGGCCCGCAAGGAGGCCUUGCACAAUAAACAGCGUAAUGUACUUAAGCGUAAAUGUGAGGAAGCCAUGGCCAUUAACAAGAGACUCAAAGAUGCUCUCGAAAGGCAAAAAGUGGCCCAAACCCAACGACAAAAGAUGCAAUCGGCCAAAGAUGCCACGGCUGCCUCCGUGAAAAUCGAUCAGGUUAUAGCCUGUGUUGAACGCGAACUAGAGGUAAUUAUAUCCCUUAUUGAUGCUGAACGUACACUUGAACAAUUAAUGGAUGAUCGUGGCAUAAUUAGCAGUCGACUUGGAGAGUUGCAACAGCAACAAAUUCUCCCCGAUCCACAAUCCCCGGCCGGUUUGGAAAUAGCCAAUUUGGAGGAGGAGCUCGAAAUGCGAAACGCCCAAAUUUCCGACCUCCAGCAGAAAGUGUGCGCUAACGAUAUCGAUACGCUCAUCAAAUCCCUCGGCGACAGUGUGCACACCCUAGCCGAGGCUCGGGCUGUGUUCAGGUUUCUGUUAAAGUCUUUGGCCGACAUGCGGCGUGAAUAUUCACAACUCUGCGAAGAGCUGCGUUCACAAAUUCACAAUGCCGAAGAUAAAUCUAAUGAGGCAGGCAAAUUGAUAAAACAAAUGAAACUUGAACAUGAACAGGCCAUAGCGGAGUACGAAGAAAAGAUAUCGGUGGCUCUAACGCCAGAGCAAGAACAACGUUUGAAGUUGCUAGAAGAACAAGAGAAAAAGAUUGAAAGCCUUAUGAUUGAAUUGGAAAAUUGCAAACAGUUGCGCGACAAUGCAGCCAACAACAAUAAAAAGAAGGGAAAAACAUCAGCCAAGAAAAUUUCCCCAUACAUUAAACCCGAACCCAUGGAAGAAGAAAACAUCGAAGAAGAGGAAGAAGAAUUAACCGAAAGUGAAGACGAAUUCGAUGCGUCCGGAGACGACGAUCCAGACUGGAUAAAAACACCAAUGGUUGUUCGAAAGCGUACAAAUAACUUGCGUCGCCGAACCUCACAAACCUCACAGCGAUCCCUCUCCCAGUCCGACAUCUCCCAUAAUUUGGAUGAGGACAGCCGGCAACAGAUCACCUUUGACACCUCUGAUACAGGAACAUUUAGACAAACUGCAAACACAUCUGUCAAGGGUAAGCACCAGCGGAAGUCCAAGGGCUGCAAAUGCCGUGGUGACUGCGGAAAGAAACGUUGCGGAUGUAAUUCGCUCAAUCAGAAAUGUACGGUAAGCUGUAACUGUACCGAUAAAUGUAAAAAUCGCCAAACACCCACAAACCGUGAUUCGGACGACGAGAAUGUAGAAGAUGUUAUUAAAGAAGAAGAAAACGAUGUGACCACCGAUUCGUCUGAAACUGAAAAUCAAUUCAAAUCACCCAAACAAGUUAAAAUUACCACCACCAAGGAAUGUGUAGAUGAAUCCUUCUUAACAAUACAAUCAAAUAUAAAUACAUCAACAUUUUUAACACCCAAAAUGGCUAGAUUAUCUACCAUCAAUUUUGAUACUGCUACCGCAAAAAAGAAAUUCUUUAAUGAUUAAUUUCUCUAGUGUGCCUCGCCCCCUCAUAUCACCCACCUAUCGUUUAAACGUCUUAUUUGUUUAUAGAAAAAUAAUCAACUUUUAAUUAUUUAUUUAAGUUGUAUGUUCUUAAACUGAAUUUUAAUUCAAACUUGUAGUAUGUACUUGUAUUUUAAAUAAUUUUACGAGUGUUGAACUGUAGUUACAUUUUAUUUAUACCCACUAUCACAUUCUCUCAAACUGAAACCAAUCACUUGUAAUAAGAAAAGACAUACUUAUAAAAAAUCUUAAUUACUUAAAAGAAAAAGGCUUAAAAUCUUAGAAGCAUUUACAAGGCUGCAAAGAAACGUUUAAAAGUUUUUUUUUUUAAUUUUUGCCCUACAUAAUACCGGCAAGGCAGCCUUUCUUUAAAAAUAUGUUUAUGCUUUCUUAGUCAUGAUUUUCUGUUAAUGUUUAUUAAAUAAAACAUUAGUGUUCUUUAAUUUAUACAAGUUCAUUGUCAUUA